CACCCCAGUACCGUUACCACGAUCAAUAAGAAAAGGACGGGCUGCGGCAACUACCCCAGUACCAUUACCACGAUCAAUAAGAAAAGGACAGGCUGCGGCAACUACCCCAGUACCAUUACCACGAUCAAUAAGAAAAGAACAGGCUGCGGCAACUACCCCAGUACCAUUACCACGAUCAAUAAGAAAAGAACAGGCUGCGGCAACUACCCCAGUGCCAUUACGACGAUCAAUAAAAAAAGGAGAGGCUGCCAGUGUUUGCCAGUUGUGUGAAACUGAACCAAAAGUUAAGUGGAAGUGUUUAGAAUGCGGAUUGAUGAUGUGUCAAAGAUGUUGUGAUAAAGUCCAUCCAAAGUUUCCGUCAGCUAAGGACCAUACAGUUAUAGACAUAAGAGAUAUCGGUAAAUAUGAGACAGAGUCUAAACCAAAACAAAACUUCAAUAAAGUUGUCUGUGGAAACCAUACAACACAAAAUUGCUGCAUGUUCUGUAAGUCUUGUGAUCAAAUUGUGUGUCCAGAGUGUAUUGCAAAAACUCAUAAAAGACACGAUUUGAUAGAACUGUGUGAAGGAUAUGACAUCAAAAUGGCAAAAAUUAUAAAAAAACGGGAAAAUAUUGAUUCCGCAAUUCACAGCUUCACAAGAGGUGCAGAAGAACUACGCAAAAUAAAAUACCUAGAACAAGUCAGCUGUAAAAGAACAAGACGAGAAAUACGAAGUUAUGAACAAACUUUAUCAGAUGCUGUGAAGAAACAUAUUAAUAAACUUUUGAAUGAAGUUGAUCAAAAGUGGGAGGAUUUUACCAAAUCAAUCGAUAAAGCGGAAAAGAAGGUGAAUGAAACAUGUAAAAAAUUAACCAAACAAAAAGAUCAGGUAAAUGAUUUAUUGCAAUCACAUGAUGCAGAGGACGUUUUUUUCACUCCUGACAGUAGUGCACAAUCCAUUCCGCCGAUCAUACUAGACAAAACAAAAUUCAAUCAUGUCCCUGAGUUUGUUCCAGGAGACAUAUCCAUUAUCCCUAAGCUUGUUGGUUCCCUGAAGAGAGUCGGUAAUCCGUACAAUCCAGUUCCCAUUGUAAUACAGUGGUAUUCAACAGAUGUCAAAAGAUGCAACAAUAUUAUAUCGUGCCCUGAUGGUUUAUUCUGGAUAAAUGAUAAGGGUUCCAAACAAUUACAGAAAGUCAAUCUAACAGCAACAGUCAUGAAAGUCAUAUACAACUUUGACAUUGGGGUUAACGAUCUAUCAUUGAUGCCUAAUGGUGAUGUACUGCUUUGUCUUUUGAGUAACCAAUCUAUCUUAAAAGUUAUACCAGUAGGUACACUGGAAGUAAGAGAUUCCCCAUACAAUGUAUCACCACUCUGGGCAAACUGUAUUCAUGUAACACAUGAAAACAAUGUAAUGGUUGGUGUCAAGGAUAAUGGACCAGUAUUCCCUGCUUCAGGACCAAGACAAGUUAUAGUGAUGGACAUUACAGGAAAGCAGAAACAAGUUUUCCAAUAUGACAAUCAAAACAAACCGUUAUUUACUCUUCCUGUUCGAAUCCAUAGUAAAAAGUCAAAUAUUAUUGGUGUUAUAGACUGGAUAAAUGAAGAAUGUGAAGGUAGGAUUAUUGUAUUAAACCAGGAAGGAUUCCUCAAGAAUGUUUACAUGGGCCAUCCAAAAAUAAAUAGUGAUGACAAUCCGUUCAAACCAUCAGACAUUUUAUCGUUACCAUCAGAUAACUUUAUUAUAGCAGAUCCAACCAAUCACUACUUACACAUACUCAACAGCCAAGGUAACAUUCUAACCUUCUAUAAUUUGGUAGAGAUUGGAAUAGAGUUUCCAUAUUCUAUGACCUUCCUUGGGUAUUUAUUUAUUGGAGGUGCUACCAUUGAAAAUGAAGAGAACGUUGAAGUAUACAAAAUUGACAACUUUGUGUGGUAGUUUGUAAAAUGAAAGUGUACAUAAAAGAUAACAUAGACAGAUAAUCUUGACACUGCUAUCAGCAUAUAUAUAUACAAGUUAGUUAACCAUGUUUGGUAGUUUUGAAAUUGUCAAAAGUAACAAAGCACUUCAAAUGGGGUAAUGUACCAGUAGUCCAAAAAUGGAUGAAGACUAAAUAACUUUGUGUGUUAAUUUUCUAAUGGAAGAGUGAAGAAAAACAAUUUCGUAUGGUGGUUUUGAGGCUAAAAAGUGAAUAAUAUUAACUUUGUGUGAUUAUAGUUUUGAGAUGAAAAAAGUGGAGAAACCGUAGUCUAUAAUUGCUAAUAUCAACUUCAUUUGAACACUGGUGGAUAGGUGUCCCAAUAGCAACUAUACCCCAUCUUAUUUUUAUAAAGAUAACCCGAAUAAUUUAGUCAUUUCCACAUUUAAGGGCAUGAACUUUUAUACGAUAAAAACACGGCACGAAUCCAGGAUUUUGAUUGGCGCUUUUGGAUGAAAGAGUCAAUCAGCUGAUAGCGUAAUGUUAUCGAGAUAGGUAAAUCCUAUGCUAAUUCAAAAAAUUUUCUUGACUAUGCCUCACGUGUUUAUGAAGCCAUUGUAGAAUAUAUCAACUGAAGUAUUCCGCGGUUAGCUUUUAUAGAUUGUUCACUGUAUAGAUAUUUGUUUAGUUCUGCAAUAUAGAAAUAUGUAAUCUCUUACACAAGAAACUAAAAUUAUAUAAGGAGACUAAUUGAAUUGUCCAAUUGCAAGAAAACUGAUUCAGACAUAAAUGGUUUGUUGCAAGAGUCCAGAAGAAAUUUAGUUUUAAUGUUUCUAAAAUAGAUAAGCUAAGCUAAUUAAUUUUUGUUUAAAGAUUAAAAAAAUAUAUAUAUACUGCAUUAACUCCAUCCCCUCAAAAGUAAUUUGUAUUUCAAAACUAAUACAAA